AUGGUUCGCUCUCCCCCUUACAGCAUCAAGUCUUCCUGGAAUAUCGGAGUCGUGAAGUACCUGGUGGAGAAACUCAAAAGCCAGUUAGCUCUCAGCACGCAUCACUACACGGACAAGGAGCUGAAAGGGGCCUGUGUGGCCUACUUCCUGACCAAGAGGAGGGAAUACCGGAACGCCAUGAAUCCCUACAAGAGUCUGAAGGAGCGCGAGGACAAAAAGCUCAGGAGUCGGAGAUACAGGCUCUUCGGGGCUCGCUCGGCCAUUGUCCGCCUGUUCAGUGCCGAGGACCAGCAGCUGUGGAAGUCGGCGAGCGAGGAGCUGAUGUCGGACGAGGAGGACAGUCCCCUGGAGCCCGGGGUUUGGGUGGCCCGCAGCCCUCGCUUCCGGUGCCCGGAGCUGUCUGACCUCUGCCGUCGUCUGGACGCCAACUCCAAGCACGGCCUGCGGCCAAACCGAGUGCCCGGGCCUCCCUCCGACCGACUGCCCUCCUCCUCCGACCUGGGCCUAUUCCCCUCCCCCGCACCCCCCCCUCCCCCUCCCCCUCCUCGCCUCCUCUGCAACCCCCUCGGCGAGGAGGAGGAGGCCCCGCACCAUCCUUUCGUCGAGGUCAAAGUGGAGAAAGAUGAUUGAGGGAGGGAGGGAGGAAGGAGGAGGAGGAGGAGGCGCUCCCUCAGCACUGACCCUCCGACAGUGCGGCUCUCCCUCAGCGCUGACCCUCCGACAGUGCGGCUCUCCCUCAGCACUGACCCUC